AUGAGGAUCACGGGCCUGUCAUGUGGUCCCUGGCUCCUCAAGCAAAUUGAGACAGCACCGGACGUUUGUCAUGCGAUAGGAAAUGCAGCCGCCACUUAUGGUACCAAAAUCAAGCUGAUCAGGCUCGAUAUAAACCUACGACGAGAUGGCGAAGACUCAGAGACUCCUUCUCGCUGGGAUUUGCAGGCAACCGCAUCGGAAAACCCAGAUCUAUCUAGCAAAGAUGCUGGCGAACGCGUCUACCGCGGCCCUCUUGAGUGGCUUCAAGCAGCAGAGUCUGGGGAAAUUGGCCUAGCUGUGACUACAAUAGGAGCUCUGAUGGUGAUGAGCCUCCCUCGCGCCGUAUAUGAGGGCAGAGAGACAUCAUCUGGAAGAGUUCGAACAAGAGAAUAUCCCCUGCUUGAAAACACCGACACCACCUUCGAGGAACCGGAAGCAAGGCAUUGGGAAUCUAUCAGUGCCAUGACAGUCGCAAGUGAUGACGAGUCCAACCUAUCCUCACUUCAUUUGGGCACCUCCGGGGGACAUGCUGCAACCAAGGAAUUAAUUGAAUUCACUGAUGCUCAGGAUGACGGCCUUCUCUCGCCGCCACCUUGGAAAAGCCAGUUUGAUGCUAUGCGGGAGAGCUUCGAUAUUGACCAUGAUCUCGGAGGACUAGCGAUCGGGAGGAUCUGGGGACUGGCAGCAUACGGUGGACUCAUUGCUGUCGCAUUUACUCUCCACCCCGGAGACAUGAUUGAGUACCGCACUGGCUCGCAGGAGCGUACCAUCAUUGUUUUCUCCAAAGCAAACCUACAUCAGCAACAACACACACCGUCAAUCCUUCGCGAGUUGCCGGUAUUCACGUCAGACUUCUUGCGCCUGAGACGCGAGGUGGUGCUGCGCUUCACAUUGAGUUCUCUGGACUAUGAUAACAGGAACCCUUGGUACCAGAAACUUGUGUAUACGGCUGCCUGUUGUGCUCUUGUGGAAUCCCAGGAUGAGUCUUUACUCCUACAAGCUAAAGAGGUCUUCGAGUGGCUUGCGACUGCUACCGGAGUUGAUUUGCUUGAGGAGCUAACAAAAUGUUCCUCGCCUGAGAAUAAACUCGAAGCAAAGUCCGUAGAGCAGCUCAACGGCGCUGGCGGGCACAUCUUUGAAAAGUGCGAUAUAUGCGAAGCUGGAAUAGCUUGGUAUUCAGCACGGGAAGCACAGUGUGCAGGCGGCCAUCUAUUCGGUAAGCCCAUGAAUACUUCCUGCCAAACGUGA